GUCGCUGCGCGCUACGUAUUUUCCUGGGCGGGAACAGUAAAAUGGCGCCAGAACUAGCGGCGGGCUGAGCACACUGGGCCCCUCGAAGCCGGCCCUGCGGUCCCCGGGCCGACCCGGCCCCUCCCGGACAUGGAGGACGUGGAGGCGCGCUUCGCUCACCUCCUGCAGCCCAUCCGCGACCUCACCAAGAACUGGGAGGUGGAUGUGGCGGCCCAGCUGGGCGAAUAUCUUGAGGAGCUGGACCAGAUCUGCAUUUCUUUUGACGAAGGCAAAACCACAAUGAACUUCGCCGAGGCAGCACUGCUGGUCCAGGGCUCCGCGUGCGUCUACAGUAAGAAGGUGGAAUAUCUCUACUCGCUGGUCUACCAGGCUCUUGAUUUCAUCUCUGGCAAGAAGCGGGCCAAGCAGCUCUCCUGUGAGCGGGAAGACGGGCCCACUGGGGAUGCCGGCUCCAGGGCCCCCCAGGAAGUGGAGUAUGAGUUCCUGUCGUUGGAUGACCUCUCUGAUUCCCGCGCUAACGUGGAUCUGAGGAGUGACCAGGCCCCCAGUGAGACCCUCAUCGUCCCCCUCCUGCCCAUGGCCCUGGUAGCCCCUGAUGAGACGGAGAAGAAUAGUAACCCCCUGUACAGCUGUCGGGGGGAGGUCCUGGCCAGCCGGAAGGAUUUUAGGAUGAAUACGUGCACCCCCCACCCCAGAGGAGCCUUCAUGUUGGAGCCGGUGGGCAUGUCCCCCAUGGGGGCACUGCUGCCGAGGAACCAGAAGGAGGCCGGGAGGGCUGAGGAGCAGCCAAUGGAAGUCUCUGCGUGCAGGAGUCCCGUCCCGGCGCUCAGCAUCUCCCAGGAGCCAGGCACCACUCCAGAAGGCCCAGUGCCCGGAGGUGGGGGUGAGGAAGAGGAUACAGAGGGGGCAGCAGAGCCCCCCGAGGCCUCAGCCCCUGAGGUCCCGAUGGAGCCGCAGGAGCCCAGGAGCCCAGAGCAGAGUGCGGCCCAGCCCAGGAGGUGUGCACUACGGGAGCGAAGGGAGGCCCUGGAGCCUGCGUCCCGGCUGAAGGUGAGGGGUGGUGGGGCCUGGACCCCCAGCAGGGAGGGUAUGCUUGAGGCCCCUCUGCAGUGGCUGUCUUUUGAGCAAUCUUCUUCCCCAGAACUGGACCUCUCUCCUGCAGCCCCAGGGCACCUCCCUCCCUAUGUCUCUCGACUGGGGGGAGGGUGCAUGUCCUCCACUCUCCUGUGUCUGCUUGUGCUCUGUGCUCAGGAGACCCCAGACCCCUGGCAGGGCCUGGACCCCUUCGACUCCCUGGACUCUAAGCCCUUCAGGAAAGGUAGGCCCUACUCCGUGCCCCCCUGUGUGGAGGAGGCUCCAGGACAGAAGCGUAAGAGGAAGGCUGCUGUCAAGCUGCAGGACUUCCACCAGUGGUACCUGGCUGCCUAUGCUGACCACGCUGACAGCAGGAGGCCCCGGCGAAAGGGCCCUUCCUUUGCAGACAUGGAGGUGCUGUACUGGAGGCACGUGAGGGAGCAGCUGGAGACCCUCCGGAAGCUGCAGAGGAGGGAGGCGGCCGAGCGGUGGCGGCCGAGGGCUCAGGAGGAACCGUGGCCUGCGGAGGAGGACCGGCUGGAGGACUCCCUGGAGGACCUGGGAGCGGCAGGUCCUCCCCUCCCAGCAGGUGACUUUCUAGAGCCCGAGGAGUACGCAGAGCCUGAGGGGGCCGAGCCUGGGGAAGACGCAGACCUGGAAGCGGAAGCCAUGCCAGCGUCCCUAAGCUACGAGGAGCUGGUCCGGAGGAACGUGGAGCUCUUCAUCGCCACCUCGCAGAAGUUCGUCCAGGAGACAGAGCUGAGCCAGCGCAUCAGGGACUGGGAGGACGUCAUCCAGCCCCUGCUCCAGGAGCAGGAGCAGCAUGUGCCCUUUGACAUCCACACUUACGGGGACCAGGUAGUCUCAAGGUUCAGCCAACUCAACCAGUGGUGUCCCUUUGCGGAGUUGGUGGCUGGCCAGCCUGCCUUUGAGGUGUGUCGUUCCAUGCUGGCCUCCCUGCAGCUGGCUAACGACUACACAGUGGAGAUCACCCAGCAGCCUGGGCUAGAGGCGGCGGUGGAUACCAUGUCCCUGAGACUGCUCACGUACCAGCGGGCCCACAAGCGCUUCCAGACCUAUGCUGCCCCCUCCAUGGUCCAGCCCUGAGCGGGGAGCACGGAGACCGGGGUUGGGCCCUGGAGCCCUGUCCCCCGCAGGUGCUGGGCAUGCAUCUGCUCACUCCACUCUGCUUCCUGGCUCGCCCAGCCCAAUAAAGUGUUGCCAUCCCGCCAAUCCCUUUAAAAAACCUUUACAGAACUGU